UUGAUCAAACAGUAAGGAAGAAAAAAAAACAAUACCCAUUUGAUUGUCUCAGUCCAAAAUCUUACAGAGCUCCCAAAAAACUCGCCUCGGCAACCACUCCCCACCAAAAAAAAAAAACUCAGUUCUCUGCUACAACUAUGGCUUCCUCUAUCAGGGGUGGGAGAUCUAGAAGUGACAAUAUUGAGCCAGACCCUUUAAAUCCUAGGCAAACUGUUCUUCAUGUGGCACCUCUCAAUAGUGUGCCAUACAUUGGUCCACCUACACCACACAGCUAUACUGCUUCAUCACCAGCCAAAAAGAAUAGUGAGACUGUGGAAAAAGUUGGGCCAGCUAUGAUAUUUCUCCCUUCUCUUUCAACUCGAGAAGAGUGGAACAAUGCUGUAGCUGCCACUAAAGUUGGGGUUGCACUGACUGGGAGUGCAGCUAUGGGAAAGAUAGGACCAGUUGUAGGACCAAUGGACAUUGGUGAAUCUGAUGAUUCUUACUUUUUUCGUGUCUCCCUUCCGGGCGUAACAAGGGAUGAGAAGGAUUUCAGUUGUGAGGUUGAACCUGAUGGAAAGAUAGUUAUAAAGGGAGUAACAACAACUGGUGAAAAAAUAGUGUGCAAGAACUCCCAAAUUUUUCAGAUGCAAUCACAGAAUCUAUGCCCACCAGGGCACUUCUCUAUCUCAUUCCAGCUGCCUGGUCCAGUUGACAACCAACAAUUUUCUGGUUCUUUCGGAAUUGAUGGGAUUUUGGAAGGUAUUGUGAAGAAAAGGUGACUAAGAAGUCUUCAAUUGUUGGUGAACAUAUAUACCUACUGAUUUUGAAGACCAAUGAAUUUAUCUGUAUGGACUAAUCUAGUUUUAGUUGAGGGCUUAACAUAGAUAAGAGAAGCUCUAGGAAAAAUGUGGUUCAGGUUGCUGUUUAGUGACUUUGCAGAUAAAUGUUUCUAGAUAUAGCUGAAUGGCAAAAUAUAUCUCUGUAGAUUGCUCCAAAUAAAUAUAUUUUAAGACUGUUGAGUUCA